GGUGCAAGUGUUUCGAAAAGGAGGGCGGGAAAUAUGUAAAUUGUGUCGGAAAUUUUUUUAAAAAAGUUGGAAAUUUUUCGAAAUAAGAAACAUUUAGCGAUAUGAUGAUUAAGAGGGUGGUGAGCGGUGUGGGAGUUUGUGGGGGAGGGAUUAAUUGUUUUUGAAGGGUAUUCCUGUAACGAAGAUGUGCUUCUAAAGUGUUUAAAAAGUAAUUAUUUUUCGUCGCGAUUUUUCAAAAUUUUGAAAAAUCUUUCCAUACAUUCCUGACCCAAAUUUCCUUGAUUUCCGUGGGGGUGAAGUCUGAGGGGGGUUUAUUAACUAAUUUCGUGCUUUGUGUAUCGGGGUCGUCACGAUUGAUCGCGUCAGGAUGUACCAACCCCACGCGGGUUGCUCGUCGUCAUCGUCAUCCUCCUCGAAAAAGCAGAUGAUGCAGCGUCAGUUCAUCGUGGACGAUGAGAACGCCCCGAUAACCAUUUCCCUCCCGGAAGACUCCCUGAUUUCGGUCCAAACCAGCUCAGAUUACUUACGAGGGCCCAAACAGGACGAUUGGUGCGAGGAUAACGCAUUCUGUAUUUAUCCCAUCGUUCAAACGCUGAUCGGAUUACUUGAUCUCGGAGCUUUUUACAUGCAGUGGAAACUUAUCAAAGUGAAUAACGAGGAGAAACCGGAUCCGUUGGUAUCUUUCCCUGGUCAGAAUAUCGUCUGUGUCUCAUUCCUCCUCAGCCUCAUCUUUCAAGAAGCGUUCCUCUGGUUGGAGAGGGAUUCCAAGCGCACCGCAAUCUAUGCCACGCUAUCUUUCAUUGCAUCGAUUUUUGUCAUGAGUCUGGUUUGGUUUUAUCAAGAACAACACGGCCGAGCGUACACUGGAGGAGGAACUGAGGCGAAAGUACGAGGGCUGUUUUUAUUUUUCCUGUGGUUGCUGUUUCUCGUCAUCACGAUCGUCUACGCUGUCCGACUGACCCGUCUCACUUAUCACAUCUCACAACGCGAGAGGUUCUCCCGAUAAGGUGAAAUUCGUAGAUAAGCGUCUCAACAAAUCUGAGACAAUGGAAGCCUUGACGGCUUAAUUGACCAGUUAGAGUAAUUAAUACAAAAAACUUAAUAAUCAUGAAUCGUACAGAAUUAUUUGUAGUUGAGUGAGAGGAAUUCACGCCAAGUUUUGUAACCGUGUAAAAAAUUUGGAACAUUUUUUAUCACAAAAAAGAUGAGAUGUGCAAACUUUCAAAAUUUGACAAGUUGGUUUUCCUAGAUUUCGAUAUGACGCGAAAAUUUACAAACUUUGUAAAGUUAAAAAAUUCUGCGCAAAUUAGAAAAAUUUCAUCAACUUAGAAACUUCUUAAUUCCAGAAAAUCAAGUUCAAAUGUCACCAAAAUUUUCGGAAUCUAGACAAUCAGGCACAAAUUUUGUAAAAUACCACCAAAAUUUCGGAAUCCUAGAAAAUCAGGAAAUUUUGUAAAAUACCACCAAAAUUUCUGAAUUCUAGAAAAUCCGGCGCAAAUUUUGUAAAAUACCACCAAAAUUUCUGAAUUGUAGAAAAUCCGGCGCAAAUUUUGUAAAAUACCACCAAAAUUUCUGAAUUGUAGAAAAUCAGUCGCAAAUUUUGUACAAUUUUGUUCCUCCAAUUUUUUUACAUGGUUAACAAAGUUGGCGUGAAAAAAAUGUGUCACGAAUUUUAUAAGGCUCUGACUUCUUUAAACUUUAAACCUUUAUACAAACAAAUAAAUUCGACAGGCUGCAGGCAUUCUGGAGUUUUAGAAAAAGUUGGUGAAAGUGAAAAUAAAAAUUUAUGCUUUUAAAAAAAACUGUUUUCUAUUUCCGUUUUCUAUAAAACUUUGUAUACUAAUUUUUACUAAUUAUAAUCAAAUAUUUCCCAUAGAAAAAAAUAUAUGUAUAGUGAAAAAACUGGCUCAAAAUUGACUCAAAUAGGAGAAAUCUACUCUAAAAUGAAAUUUCCAAUACUCACCUGGAUCUAAUCGUGAAUCGUGAUCAAUUUGGUAUUUAAUUUAUAAAUAAAAAAAUUGGACGACAAAAAAAAUCUAGAAAAAUUCUGUAAAAAUCUAUCAACUUGACUUUCUCUGUCUCUAUCAAAGUUUUAUAAUUUUUUGGUAACGGUUUACUACCCAACGGAACAGUAAUAAAUAAUUGCACAAAAAGUCAAAUUUUAAUCACAUUAAUUACUGGGUGCCACCCAGUGGGUGGUAACAAAUUAGGCAUUUUUGUACAAUCAUUGUUACUGCUGUUUAGUAAUAAAUCAUUAUUGUGAGCUCAGUUGCAAUGUUUUUUGAAAAUUUAUAUAUUUAACGCGUGAAUUUUUGGAUGAACUCGAAUUUAUAAUUGUACUGCAAUUAAUUAUUUAAAACUUUAAAAAUAAUACUGUGAACGAAUUUAAUGAAUGGUGAGUGAAAGUAGUUUAAUUUUCUCGUAUGAAAAUCGAAAUGUGAAAAAUUGACUCAUUUUUCUGAAGAAUCAGAUUCUCCAGAAACCUUUGAGGUACUUUCUUUCUGCCAAAAAAUCAUACUCUGAACUAAAAAAGGCAAGUCACGCAGGUCAUUGGUAACUUUGUAAAACAUGUACUUUUUUGUAAAAUGUUUUACAAACUUCUACACACAAAGUAAAGAGACGCCCUUUCAUCUGAGUAAGUAUACACAAAUUUGUAAGCUAAUUCUCCUCAGAAAUAUGUACAAAAUUUUGUAAAAGUUUGUAAGUCUACGGAACUUACGGAUUUUGCAAUGCUACCAAGGCCUGCGUGAAUUUUUUCAGAGUUUAUGGAAAUUGAACAAAAUCAUCUCCUAAAAAUGAGCCAACUUCCGAUUUUCAUACGAGACAUGGAACCGUUCUAGCAUUACGUGCAUCACGAAUUUGUAGUUUUUGUGACAUUUAGAAACUCAUUGGUACUUUUUCCACUCGAUUUCGACCACACACGUAAUUCUCGAGCGGUGGCUGAUUACUACCUGUAAAUAAUUAGUCGACGAGAUGAGAUGCGAGAAAAAUAGCAACUUUGUGAACUCUGGCCAAAUUAGUGUUAUUAUUAAUACAUUAAAUAUAUACACGUAUUACAGUACACAUAAAUUUACAGUAUACGGAGUAACAGAGGAGAUCCAAAAAUAAUGCUCUCUGCCCUUUUAAUUAAGUCGUAAUUAAUUAAUAAUUAAUUAAUUAUAAUUGUAAUUAUAAUUAUGUGAACCUAAAUU